GGGGGAGCAGCAGGGCACAGCAGAGCCUCUAUUGUUCUUGGCCAAAGAGAAAAUCAGAAGUGAGUGUCUGAGCAGGAGUGAGUUUCUGCUGAGGAGAGCUGGAUUAUCGUGAGGACUGUUCACAGCAAAAAGAAGAAGAGAGAGAAAAAACAGAGAAAGAAGGUGUUGCUCAGAUGUGGGUUCUUCACUGAUCCGUCUCCCUCUUGUCUCAUGACCCCCAGGAAACUUUGUAAUGGAACUGAUCUUCAUAGUCAGCUUGUUGUCUAUUGCUGGUAUAGCCAUGUCCUUCCCCAAAGACCUGCAGCCAAUCACUACAGUCGGACUUGAAGACUCUCAGUUAUUUCCCAGUUUUCAGGGAUUAGUGUCUGAUAAUGACACACAGACUUUGGGACUUGACUUCCAGCGCAUGAUCAGAAUCAACUACAUGCUCUAUGUUGCUGCCAGGGAUCAUGUAUUUGCUGUGAAUCUUUCAGCUUCAGUAACUCAGAUCAUCCCUCAGCAGACACUGACAUGGAUGUCUACAGAUGUGGAGAAAUGCACCAUGAGGGGAAAAAACACCGAUGAGUGUUAUAAUUAUAUCAAAGUUUUGGUUCUUCGAAAUGAUGAAACGCUCUUCGCCUGUGGAACCAAUGCUUUUAACCCAACAUGCCGUAAUUACAGAUUGUCAUCUCUGGAGCAGGUGGGGGUGGAGCUGGUUGGACAGGCCCGAUGUCCGUUUGAGUCACACCAGGCCAAUGUGGGAAUAUUUGCAGGAGGUCAAUUCUACUCUGCAACGAUGUCAGACUUCCAGGCCAGUGAUGCAGUGAUCUACAGGAGUUUGGGAGGGGAGGGCAGUCCAGUCUUGCGGUCCAUCAAAUAUGACUCCAAGUGGCUCAGAGAACCUCAAUUUGUACAUGCCAUUGAAUAUGGCAGCUAUGUUUAUAUCUUCUUCAGUGAGAUCGCUGUGGAGUCUAUGGCUCUUGGGAAGGUUAUGUACUCACGAGUUGCGCGUGUAUGUAAGAACGACAGCGGUGGGUCUGCGCGGGUGUUGGAGCGCUACUGGACAUCAUUUUUAAAAGCUCGACUAAACUGUUCAGUUCCUGGAGAGUCCAUCUUCUACUUUGAUGUGUUACAGUCAAUUAGCAAUGUAAUCCAGAUUAAUCAGCGCCCUGCAGUGGUGGGAGUGUUUACUACACAGAAAAACAGUAUCCCAGGCUCAGCAGUUUGUGGGUUCUACAUGGAUGAGAUUGAGCGUGUAUUUCGAGGCAGAUUUAAAGAACAGAAGGGGACAGAUUCAGCUUGGAGUGCAGUUCCAGAGGAGCAGGUCCCAAAACCACGUCCAGGCUCGUGUGCUGGAGAUGGUUCUGCAUCUGCUUUCUCUUCCUCUGUGCUAUUUCCUGAUUCCAUGCUCUCCUUCAUUAAAGCUCAUCCACUUAUGGACGAGUGUGUGUCUUCCAUCAACAACCAGCCAUUUCUCACACACACUAUCAGCGGCUGUAGACUUACUCAGAUUGUUGUGGACACGGUUGCUGGACCAUACAAGAACUGCACUGUGAUCUUUCUGGGCUCUGAGGAUGGACAUGUUCUGAAGGUCUUGAUGAAUUCUGACCUGAACUCCUCCCAAACCACCACACUGCUGGAGGAUAUACAUGUGUAUAACCCCUCAAAGUGUAAUGAAGAUCGCAGACAUUUGGGUCUGGAUCGCAAGGUGUUGGGUCUGGAGAUGGACAAGGAGCACCAUGCACUAUUCGUGGCCUUUUCCAGCUGCAUUAUCAGAGUUCCACUCAGUCGCUGCACUCAGCAGUUCAGAAACUGCAGGAGCCACUGUCUCUCCUCCCAUGACCCAUACUGUGUCUGGCUGCAAACAGGAACUUGUGCUAAUGUAUCACCAGGAUUUAAAGGAGUUUUUGAACAAGAUAUUACUGGAGAUCAAUCAUGGGUUUCUGACUCCUGUAAUAACACAUUUUCAGAAGCAGGAAAUCGUAACUCAGAAAUGGACUCAAUGUUUGCCCCAGGUGUGUCAGUGGAAGAAAGGUCCAGCAGCAGUGUCCACUACAAGCUACUCAUCAUGUUUGUGGUGGUGGCAUUCAUGUGUGGAGCUUUUCUCUCUGCUGUGAUGGUUUUCUGUUACUGUGGUCAGCAGAGUCAACUGGCCGAAGCUUCUGACCUGCAGGCCAAACUCAGUCUGGCCAAAUUGAGCAGCCUUCUGGAGCCUCAGACCCACAGAGCAUCUGAACAGAUCUACUAUUCUUUCCUGUUGAAGAACAAGCAGCACAGAGUAGCAGCUGCACACACAGCACCCCCCACAGUUGGCCAUGACCACCAGCAUUUCCAUUUGCCUGUUCCUGACUCCACACCUGAACUGAUCAAAGAAACAAAAGCGUUUUGCAGCCAGUGGGAAAAAAACACCAAUGUCAGCUGUAGCUUAGAGGAGAAAGUACCAGCUCAGCAGGUUGUUCCUUUCACUCAAAGCCUCACUGCCAACCAGUCAGCUGCUCAAUCCCUCUCCAACCAUCAGUCAGUGGCCCUGUCCCACUCCAACAACCAUUCUGUGUCCUUGUCCCUCUCCAGUGACCAAUCAGCUUAUAUGUCCCUCUCCAACAACCAGUCAACUUCCCUGUCUCUCUCCAACAACCAGUCAGCUUCUCAGUCCCUCUCCAACAACUGUUCUGUGUCCUUGUCCCUCUCCAGUGACCAAUCAGCUUCUAUGUCCCUCUCCAACAACCAGUCAGCUUCUCAGUCCCUCUCCAACAACCAUUCUAUGUCCUUGUCCCUCUCCAGUGACCAAUCUGCUUCUAUGUCCCUCUCCAACAAUGAGUCAGCUACUCCAAUUCCCUCCCCGUCUCCCAUGGAAUGGCAGUGUCAGAGUCCAAUGGACAUGGCUACGCAGAAUGAGUUUCUCAAAUACAUCCAUCAAAAACUUGGUGAGUGCUCUAAAAGGGACAGAAUAGCUGCUGUGACAUCGGUUCUGUUGCCAGGAGCUACAGGCUCCUCCCACUGUGGAGUUAAAGUGGAUUCGUACUACAGUUCAUCCACCCUGCAACAGGGUCACCAACUUCCAGUAGAGCAAAUAAGGUUAUUCUUCCAGUCUGAGUUAGACUCAGAAAAAGAACAAGACAGAAGGAGUGAUGGACAGGCAGACAGAAAGAGGGAUGAAAAAAUUAAACAGGAGUCAGAGUGUACAGUGUGGCAUCCGUCUCAGUGUUUGUCUCUAGUAAAGCUGGAAAGUGUAGCUGCAGUGUCCCGUAAGCACAGCUUUAACCCGCACAGGCUGGUUCAUAUCAGCCCCAGUGGGAACACCAGCACUAAAACUAAUGGGCAAAAAAGCUUUGGGUUCGACCCCGGUAACAGAGCUGAUGGGUUCGAUCCCGGUAACAGAGCUGAUGGGUUCGACCCCGGUAACAGAGCUGAUGGGUUCGACCCCGGUAACAGAGCUGAUGGGUUCGACCUUGGUGACAGAGCUGACGGGUUUGACCUCGGUAACAGAGCUAAUGGAUUCGACCUCGGUGACAGAGCUGAUGGGUUCGACCUUGGUGACAGAGCUGAUGGGUUCGACCUCGGUGACAGAGCUGAUGGGUUCGACCUCAAUAACAUAGCUGACAGAUUCAACCUCAGUAACAGGGAUGCAGAAUUUAACCGAAGGAAUGGGGCUGAUGUUUUUGACCACAGGUUGCUGCGCCCAGGGAGUUCAUACCUCACCCGUCAACACAGUUACAGUGAACAGCCACACACAAACACCUACACACACCGUGCUGCCAUCAUCCGGCGCACAGCCUCACUCAAACCACGCACACCACCCAAACCACACAGAUCCCACAGCAGGCCCCCUCCUGGAGGAAUUACGUGUUCACUGCUGCCUUCAUCAUGAACGGAUUCAAUUCGAUUCAUGUUUAUUUGCAUAGCGCUUUUUAUAACAAUGUUGUCACAAAGCAGCUUUACAGAAGUUAACUGAUAAUGGCUGGUUAUAUUUUUUACUAAGGUAUAUGAACUGUAAAAUGAAAUUGUUAUUUAAUAACUGUAUGAUUGUAAUAUGUGAUUAAUAUCUAAAUUAAAAUGUGCCUUAUUUGAUAUCUUGUCUUUUGAGAAAAAGCUGUAUUAUCACAUGAGUGUUGGAGUUUUGUGUAUUUUGAUUUCUAAACAUGUCAAACAUAUCCACAUAAAUCAAUGUAUGACAAGAAAUGUGUCUCAGGACUGAAACAUUGCAGUAAUUCUGGUUAUCUUGCCAUGUUUUGUUAUUGGUUUGGUCUCUGUCUCCUCCCCUAUCCUGUCUUCUUGCUGUCUGUUUCACCUGUAUGUUGCCUGCAGCCCCAAUCUCUAAUUACCCCCAGGUGUUUGUUUCUCAGUGUACCUUUACCUUCAGUUGUUCAUCUGGUGUUUGCUUGAUGUUUUGUUUCACAGUCGCUGUUUUACUGUUUAAGUAUUUUGAUUUCCAGAAGUAUUACUUUGUCCUAUUUUUUGUUGCUUUUGUAAAGUCUUCUUUUACUGCUAUGGAUUACAAAAAAAAACAUGUACUUAUCAUUUUUCUCCAUCUUCCUUUUAUUGUAACAUUACAAAUAUUAACUCUUCUGUGUAUUUACAGCGCUCUCUUUGUAUUUGAAAUCUAUUGGUUAUGCUGUUUACUGUUAAUCUACCUUAUAGCAUUGAGAAAACCAGCCCAUUUGAACCAUUUUAAAUCGUUAACCCCUGGUCUGUAACUUUAGUAUUGUAGGAUGUGACAAAACAUACUCACAUAUAAUGCACAGUUUACUGCAAACAGACAACAUCAAGGCUUUUCUCUGCAGUGCUAAAAAUACUGACUGUAACACAGCCAGGAAAAAUUCUGAAGGCUUUAGCACAUGAGUGUAUGCUUGAGUAUGACUGGGGAUGUCAUUUACCUUUCAGGUUUCCUGGUCUGGAGGAUGAAGUCAAGUCAAGGGGCUUUUAUUGUCAGCCCAUCUAUGUACAAGUACACAGUGGAGUGAAAUUACGUUCCUCCAAGGAACACAGAAGUGCAAAAAUGCAGACAUAAGAGUUCAAAAUUUUUAAACUAGAAACAAUACAAUAAAUAAUUAAAAUGGACAGGACAGUGCAGCACCGACACAGCACUCAUUUCUGAGCAUGAAGUAGUGAGAAUAAGGUGCAAAGAUUAUUUAACUCGCUGUUUUCUGUGUUUACACAGUCAGAUAAUAACAUACUUGAGCUCAGCAUUUCCUGAGGUAGGAUAUACGCAGUACUUGAGUAAGCAAAUUGUAAACACAGUGUUACAUAUCCAGCUGUCAAACUGAAAAUUACAACAGAGGAUUACCAGGAUUAUCACAGCACUCCCUGAUGUAGAUUAGUGUCAAGUUUCAAGUUUAUUUGUCAUUUGCACAACAUAUCAGGACAUUUAUGCAUUGAAAUGCUUGUGAUGAGGCUCAGAUAAUCACUCUACAGAAAAUAAGUAAG